CGACUUUGCUAUUAAAAUCUCACUAUCGAGUCGAUUCGCAGUGAAACGUACCAAUCACAGCGCGCCAUUGUGACGCAACGACAACCACAGCGCAAUGUGAUUGGUUCGCUGCGUCCCACUUCGAAUCGACUCGAUGAAGAGAAGUGAAAUACCCCGCUCGCGGUGCCCUUCUAAAUUUAUGAUUUCAUGGAUUUAAUAAGUACUAUUACAGGUACUGCGACCUGGGUGGUUCUCCGAGCGUCUCGACCGCUGCGGCUGCGCAGACGUUACAAUCCGUCAAUUUUCCUGAGGAAGGAAUAAUUUUCAAAAUCUAUCAUUCGUAAAAUUGACAUUACUACAGCACAGAGUAAUGAAUGUAAAGUCAUAUAGUAAAACUCAUUCUUGUCUUUGUUAAAAUUAAAAAAAAGUGUAAUGACAGCGCGACCGCAGCGGUCGAAACGCUCUGGGAUCCACCACCUACUAAUUCCAUGAUGAAAAUAACACAGAACAUGUUCAUAUAUCUGUGGAAAAUACCCGUGUUUCGCUCUCAGAUGAGACCUCACCUCUUCACAGAAAGUCUUAGAAGACAGCAAGAGACACUAGAAACUGACACUGAUGAUAGUUUAGAUCGAGAGCAAAAUAAAAAGUCUAAAAAUUAUACAAAGUGUUGUAAAUAUAAACAAAUUGAUAUAAAAUGAAGCUUCCACAACGUUUUAAUGAGGGAUAUAUUAGUUGAAAACGCAACAUAAAUCAGUAUACAAGAAUGUUUUGUUGUCGUGUAAAUGAAUAACAUUAACUAUAGUGUCUUCCAGCUGUUUUACCUUUGGGUGUUUUAUUGUCUGGGAAAUGGGAUCCUGUCUAAGCGGCGAUAGAGGAAGUCCCCGGCUCUGUUGCUUCUCGUGGCGCCCUUCACCCCGGCCUGGCCAGGCAUAUCAACAACCUCAGCAAUAUCAAACACAGCAAUACCCGCCACAGCAGUAUCAACAGCCGCAGCAGUUCGCACAGCAACCUUAUCCGCCACAACAGCCAUAUCCUCAACAAAUGCAACCUGGCUAUGGACCACCGCCACCGAUGCAGCGUGGUGGCUACGGACCUCCACCACCCGGUUAUGGACCGCCGCCGCCGGGACAGACCGUGGUUGUGAGGGACCGCGGCGGGGGAGGUGGCAUGGGCGCUAUGGGGACCGGCUUGAUGGGCCUCGCUGCCGGCGCUGCCGGCGGUUUGGCAGCCGGCGGUCUUAUGAACGCAGCUCAAGGAGGCGGCGGCGGCGGCCAAUCGGCACAACAGGCCCCCCCCCAGGACUAUCAACAACAGUACAACCAACCUCCGCCCCCACCCCCCGAACCAGAGCCCGAUGAUCAACCAUAUGACGAUGGGGGGUUCGAUGGCUUCGACGAUUAGUGCGUCGUUUUACUCAUACAAAAGCAGAGAUGUAACUUUUUCGUCUUUAAACUGGACAUACAGCACAUACAGUGAUGGUUCCUGGUGGUUUCCAUGUAAAAAUGGCUUUUCAUUACGAUACAAGUGUCAUUCGUGACGUUGAUUGCGUCAAAAAAUUUCAUGUGGCAUGAUCAAAAUAUAUUAUGGUCGAGCGAAUGCAUCUUAGACAGAGAAAACUACAGUCAUCGCUCUAUCUUUCGUUUCGCUGAUACAAGAGAAACUCGUAUUAGAAAUACACUUGGAGAAAAAGGACAGAGCGCCAUUUUCUUUCUCCCAAAUCGUAUGCCCAGAUUUACAACGCCUUUUUUUAAUAUAUUUAAAACUUGGUUUAACAUAUGUAUUGACCGACAGUAUUUAUAAGAGAUUGUAAUUAUCAACUUAUAAAAUAAAGGAAAGCCCAAGCAAUUGUGUUCA